ACUCCGAGCCAGCUGAGAUAAGAGGAGAACCGCCCUUCUCGUUGAGCAAUCAUAGCCGUUGAUUGAGGAUAUCAUUUGAAAUAUCCAAAUCUUUAAUCCAGUAAAAUUAUUUGACUGUUCGUCUUGCCUCCUUCUGCCUGCCAUGGCAACUCGUUCACGAAAAGGUUGUAUCGACUGCAAGCAGGCCAAGGUUAAAUGCGACGAAGUGCAUCCCUCGUGUGGGACAUGUUCUCGCCGUCGCCGGCAAUGUCGGGGAUACAUAGCAUCUCAAUCUCGUCCAUCAUCUUUGAGGAACGGCAAUGCGGUAGCUCGUGCAAAAUCGCGAGGCUGUACCGAGAAGAGACGAGCUUCAAUCUCCUCUAAUUUGUCUGAAGAAGGCCGAGCAAACGACUGUUCAGAGGUUGAAUGGAUGCUAAAUGGAGAUGAUUGGAAAGCUGACAACAUUUCUUUUUCCUGCAGCUACUGGACUCCACAGUCCCCUGAAACAGAUAUCGGGGGUUCUCACGCUAUUCUCAGUUCUGCAGACGAUCAAAGUACGGUGACAUGGGAAGAUUCGAUAAACUCUCCUUCUCCCAUGCGAGGUCCGAGCCUUAUUCCUUUAAAUGAGAUUCUCGCAGCAGACAAGCGAUUCAUUGAAGUCUACUUUAUGAGACAUCCCGCAGAGGUAGUUAUGAGCAAUGAUUUCGUGGACGAGAUGAACAGGGCUGUGAUUCCUCUUUUACAGCGGAAUCCCACGGCUGUUGGUGAUUCACUAUGUGCGAUUGGCGAAAAUUAUAUCAGGGACACUAUGGGUGCUACAUUAAUCCCAAAUCGCAAAACACGACUACUCAGUCGACUGAGGUUCGCAAACGAGCACGAGAACAGUCCGGAACUAGUAUUAAUGCUACUACUUGGGCUGUCUGGGGCAGAGAUCACAGACUUCCGAUCUGACGGUGGAGGAAGCACACUACUCGGGCUCGUAGAGAAUGUAGCGCUGGUGUUGGAAUUUUACAUACGCUCGGGUAAAGAGCUCACCGAGUCAGCAAAAUACUUUGCCAGAGGCGUGGCGCGUCAAGAUCUUCUAAUCUCACUUUCGAGGAUGCGGCGUACCCGAAUAAAUUCAUCCAUCUGGUUGGACGAGUACUCGAUGAAUCACGCUGACCGGUUUAUGGGCUUCACAACAUCAUUAGCUCCGAUAUUGUCAGAACUCUGCGCUCUUGCUGAGGACGUCCAUUUUCUUAUGGACAGAUAUCCCAGUGCCAGCUACAUGUGCGACGGGGCUCAUGACUUAUUAACGUGUAAUACGGAUCUGACAGAGAGGGAAGCAUCCAUUCGGGCUAAACUUGUGGCAUGGCGCCCCUUCCGUGAUUGUUCAAUGUCGAUGCAAACAUCUCGCAAGUUUCUCCUACACGCGUAUGCUUGGAGAGCAGCAGCUCUUCUCUACCUCUUCCGCCUGUUCAGUCGCCCAGGACGCUCAAUUAAUGCAGAUCAGGUGGCCCUGAGCAUGGCUUAUGAGGUCAUGGUUCAUAUCUCCGGCCCGCCUGAAGACAUGAAACUCUCACUCUGGCCACUUUUCAUUGCGGCAUGCGAACUAGACCGACCAGAAGACCGAGAAACUGCAAUCCAAUUAUUCAAUGGUAUUUGCGACGCUCGGCCUAUCGUGACGGCUAGACGGACACAAUCAUUUUGUGUAGAUCAGAUUUGGCCAGCUAGAGACCGAGGAGAGGUCUGGGAUUGGAUGUAUCUGGUACGCCGUGGAUCGAAUGUAUUUGUGCCAUUAUAG